AUGCCCACCCCACGCCCCCUCGAAAUCCGCGCCGUACGCCAACGCUUCGACCUAGUGGAGACUGAGUACCGUCUCGUAAAGGUAUUAUACCUAACCAAAAAAGCCACCUACGAGAAGUCCAAAGCCACCUACGAGAAGUCCAAAGCCACCUACGAGAAGCGAAAGGCCGAGUACGAGACCCUUUUAAAGAUGGAGAGACAUCAAGCGUCUUCGUCGCAGGAACGAGUUCGUAGUGCUCUGAACGCGUCGGCGGAGAGGGGGAGACGUGUUUAG